CACCGCCACCAGCCACCGGGCGGUGCGGCCAAGCGGCCCUAACCGUGCAACACGAAGCCAGCAGCAGUUCAGUCUGUUUCAGAUCUCGGGCGCCUCUCAAAAGGAGUGCUAAAUCGGGCGGAUCGCUGUGAAUGCAGUGGGGCAGGGCCCAUCGGCUUUCUCUUGGCUGUCGGGCAAAUCUGCCUGCUUUGCUGCUGCUGCUGCUGCUGCUUCUCCGCUCUUUUAAACAUGACGCGCCGCCACUCCUUUCUCAUGUCUGUCUGUCUGUCUGCUUUCUUUCCCUCACACAUCUGGGCUAUAACCUCAAUGCUACUGGACUAGGUUCGAUUCGAUAUUGCACCCCAAUCCAAUGCCUCACUUCGCCAAUACGCCGGAAGCCGCCCUCGUGACGCGCACGGAUUCGCUCGACCCAGCUACGACAUGUCGCGGCGUCACGAAUAACGGGAAGCCCUGUCGCCGGCCUCUGGCUUCGCCAGCUGGACCGGCCAAACAAUCGCAACUCGACGCAGCAGCGAUGUUCUGCUGGCAACACCGCGACCAAGCCGACUCCAUCCCAACCUCAACCAACACACCCACGCCCACAUACCCACAAUCACACUCCCAACUCCCACCGCGCGGGAGCAUCGACACCCUCAUGGAGAAACUCGGCGUGCUCGACAUCAACGCCGCCGCCCCGUCUCGUCGUCACAAACAAAAAAAGAAAACAAAGCGCACCGUGUGCUGCUGCUUCGAAGUCAUCGAAGAAGAGGACAUCCAGCCGCCGUCUCGCCCCGUCGCUGCUCCACAGCAACAACAACAACAACAACGACCCUCCUCCAGCUCCUACCCCUCCGGCCCCCAAUCAUGGAUCCCCCCCAACCUCACCCCAGAAACAACCUCCAUCCUGACCAGCGAAAUCACAAAACCCAUCUCCGACGCCGACGAACCGGGCUACAUCUACAUGUUCUGGGUGACGCCGGACGACGGGACCUCGACACGGGGACCGCCGCCCUCCCACGUCGCGUCUUCGCUUCUCCCUCCGGCCUCAUCCCCCCACGGCCCCAGCCGCGACAGAACCGUCAGCGAUGCCCUCCUCACCGCCCGCGAUCUCAACGCCCUAACCACCGCCCCAAGCGGCACUUCCCCAGGCACCAUCCGGCUGAAAAUCGGCCGAACAAGCAACGUCACCCGCCGGAUGAACGAGUGGACCAGGCAGUGUAGUCACCACCUCACCCUCAUCCGGUAUUAUCCGUGGACGCCGUCGACACCAUCGCCAUCGCCGUCGCCAUCGCCUGCGCGGCGCAGCGGGGGGAAAACAGCAGCAGGAGCAGGAGCAGGAGCAGGAGCAGGACACGACAACACCCCGCUCAUGCCCGGACGCAAAAUGCCGCAUGUGCAUCGGGUGGAGAGGCUGAUUCAUCUGGAGUUGGCGGACGUCCGGAUCAGGGAUUUGGGCAAGUGUCCGGAUUGCGGCAAGGAGCAUAAGGAGUGGUUUGAGAUUGAGGCGGACAAGGCGGCGCUGAAGCGGGUGGAUGAUUGUAUUAGACGGUGGGUGAGGUGGGCGGAGUCGGACAGUCCGGUUUUGGGGGAUUAGAUUGGUGGAUUGUUGGGAAAGACUAGAGUAGAGUAGAGUAGAGUAGUAAAGUGUGGGGUGGUGUAUAGAUAG